UAGCACGAGUGUGUAAUUCCAGGGAAGGAAAUCGGAUUAUUUAAACGAAACCUUAGACAUUAACGUGCACGUCGAGCUAGUAGACAUGUUUGUUUGACUAUCAACGUGCAAGCUGCGCAUUAGUCAAUGUGGGAACGAUAUGUGUAAGAUAGCUAACUAGGCUCUCGAGGGGAUCAACUGCUUCGAUACCGCAAUCGUUUCUGGAAUAUCCACAAAGAUAAGUAACUGUUUAUUUACAUGUGAACGAAGCUGUCUCUUGGUUCAGUGGUAAAAUGCCUAUCAAACUAACAACUCAAGCGUAUUGCAAGAUGUUGCUGCAUGCAGCCAAGUACCCACACUGCGCUGUAAAUGGACUACUCGUUGCCGAAAAGCAGAAAGAGAAGAAGAAGGAUAGUCAUAAUGUUCCCAUACUGUGUGUUGACUGCGUUCCACUUUUUCACGGCACCCUGGCAUUGGCACCGAUGUUGGAAGUGGCACUUACUUUGAUUGACACUUGGUGUAAAGAGAACAGGUAUGUCAUAGCAGGAUAUUACCAGGCCAGUGAGCGCAUUAAGGACGUAAGACCAAAUCAAGUUGCGGAAAAAGUUGCUGCUCGGAUUUUAGAAAACUUCAGCGACGCAGCCAUGAUCAUGCUGGACAACAGCAGAUUUACUAUGGGUUGCUUUGCACCCAUCCUCUCCAUCUAUGACCAUCAGGACAAUAAAUGGAAAUGCAAAGACCCAAAUGUAGACUUCUUUGAAGACUGGGUGGAAGCUCAGAAGAUCACGUCAGCGCUUCUGGAGAGCAGGUCAUAUGAAAACCUCAUAGACUUUGACAACCACUUGGAUGAUCUCAGGAAUGACUGGACAAACCCUGAAAUCAACAAAUCAGUUUUGCACCUGUGCUAAAAUACCCCCAGGGAACAGUGUUAUGCCACCAAGCCAUCAAUGCCAAAACAGUAUGCAAAGUGCUACUGUAGUUGUUCUCAGAGAAUUGCUCUCAUUUGGAAGAGCUGAAUUCUAAUUCUGUUUAAAGGGCAAAUGGGACAUGGGCACAAUAAGUGUGUAUGUAGUCAUGAUUGGAUGGAAUUGAAAUGAAAAGAUGGGUGUGUAGUGAAAUGAAACUUAUCUGAAAAUUGAUUUUUUUUUUUCAGGCAAUACUUUAUAACACAUAUACUUAAAGAAACUUACAGUUCUAACAGCUAGACAUUGCUCAUAAGUGAAAUGUUAAAAAUAUUUUUCCACUGAGUUACUGUAGCCUUACAGAGAUCCAUCAAAAAUAAAUCAUUGGUCAGAUUUUAUGCUAAAGUGUUUAAAGAAUGAAAGAAUCUAAGUUUAUUAUGUCAUUAUCGGUUAAGUCUUAAUAUAUGCAUAUCUCUUUAUUCUCACACAGAAGGAACUACACUACUUUAUGGCAAGAUAUUUGAAAAAAUGAUUUUAUUACUCUUGAAAAGUAUAGUAAAUGUGUUACUUUAAAUAAUAUAUUGUGUAGAGAUGAUCUGAGAAAAAUUAAAUAGCUUU